ACUCCACACGAAGGGUUUCGCUAUUCAACGAUUCCCCGUUAUAAUCUGGGUUGACCAAGGCGAUAACCCCGGAGAACCUAAUUCCCCAGCCGCAACGAAAUCUCUUCCGAUCUGAUGAGUGGAUAAACUCCUCUGUCACGACGGCCCCGGAAUCAUCAGCUUCCUGGAGGCGAAAAAAGAACUGACGUGAAGUUGAAGAAAUUAGGCUGGGAGUUGUUCCGAUGGUUCUUCGCGAAGUCUUGAGGAGAUUGAAUUUAAUUUCCGUCUUUCUCUUUACUUUUUCUCAUCCGAGUAUUGGCACAGACCCUUUACCAGCCCCGUAAGCCAGAAAAGUACUGCGGAAAAAUAUCGUCCACGAACUGGUGUUACCGGAUUUUUUAUUCGUGGAGUUGGCAGUCCUCGUCGUCGGCACAGAUGCCAAGUUCGUCAAUUUUAUCUCACACACAGACACACUCUCCCCCUCCCAUGACAAUGGGCCGCAGUAACUCGCAACGCCGAAGGUCUUUCUCCGUCGAGAUAAAGUCGAAUGAUCGGUGAAUAGGAUCGAAGGAGUAGGGGCCUGCCCACGUGGGGGUCCAGCGCUGGGGCCUGAGUGUGACCCAGCGGCAUCUCUCAGUGUGUAAAGCAGUCCCGGUUAGUUCAUACGCCUGUGACUCUCGCCAUCUUGUUUUUUUUUGCUUCUGUUUCUCGUGUCGAGAAAAAAAGUGAAUCAGUUGUAUGAAAAGUGCGGGUGUUUGUGGAUAACUUGGGAUGCCGUCGAGUGGAAGAAAAUAAUCCCGAAAUAGACCUUUUGCACGCACAAUCUUUCGGUGUAGCAGACGGUCGGGAUAGGAGUCAUUGAUUCCCCCAGGACUGCCAAGAAGCUCCCAGUUUGUUCGUGUCGGAAUAAUCGUAAAUAAAACCCUCGGGUCCUGUGCGAUAAUAUUUGUGUUAUCAGUGAUUUGUUGGGUUUGUUUAAUUGGUUUAGUUUAUUCAGUGGAUUGUGGAUUUGUGGUGCCGAAACGGAGGAGAAAGGAAUAGGAUCACUUCGUUUUUGUUUGUAAAAGAAAAAAAAAAUGUGAUCGAAAGCUCUCGAGCAGGCAAAGAUGACCGAUGAGGGAGUACCCCACGUACGCCUGGGGCGCUCGAGGCUCCUUCAAAAAGAAGAACUGAUGUACGGUGAAGCAGUUUACCAUCAAAAACCAAUCGUCGAACGUCACAGGGUGACCCCAAGGCGUAUCGAUUCACCUCAACAUCGUCAUCCUGAGUGUCUCUCACAACCGAACAAUGCCCUUCUCCGACGUCAACCAAAACCCCGCGUCAAGUACCAAAGACAGACACCGAACCAAUACUCAAGUAGUGACGAGAGUGCUCCAAGAGGACCGAACAAAUCCAAGAGUACAAGUUCAAUAGACACCCAAUCUGUAAACAACAUUCUUGAUGAAUUUGAGGAUUUGGAUGGCAGUGGUUCAUCCGGUUCUAGCGUUAGCAUCAACAACUUUGAAUCUAUGAUGAAUCAACGACGAAAGCAACGAACCGAUAGACAAGUGAUGAAAGUUAAUCAACAGACACAGGUACGACAAAGAUCACGAGACAGAACGGCACCAAAAGUCCCUGAGAAAGCAUCACCAGUCCCCCCAAAACAGGUUCCCGAGGUAUUACUUAGAAAGGGUGAAGUCCAAAAACGUGUGGACGAGUGGUUGAUACAGAACCAGUGCCAGCAAACACCAUCGACUCCUCGCGUCACCUUGACAAGAUCGACAAGCAGUGCUGAGCAAAAGAGAAGAUUAAUUUCAACUGAGACACGUUUAAACGGCACAACAAGCUGCGAUGAUUUGAAUACCGAGCAGCCACAGGAACAGCGAAUCGAGUGUGUCAGCAUUGGUGUUAAUACAGGUCCCAUAAAUUAUCGGGAUUACCUGAAAAGUAGAAUGAAAAUUGUUAAUGAUACAGCUACUGUCAGCCCAAUGACCUCGAGAAUACCACAGAGACAGACAGUUGAUAAAAAUUCACGCAUCAGGUUGAGACAGACAAAUGGCGGAUGCAAGCUGACCUCGAGGCAGUCGUUUAAACGUACACGUUCAGGUGAUCGUUCAACACCAAAUAAGGCAUGUGAAAGUAGACCAGGGAAACAUAAUAUCGUGGAUGAAAUUGUCCCGCGAGUUGAUAUUGGUGAAGUACAACGUGAUGCUGAUGAUAAUAAUUCAAGAAGACCACCAGCACCACCAAGACGAAAUAACAGAACAGAUUUGAACUGUUGUUCUAGCUUCAAGCCUAACAAGACAGUUGUGAAUGGUAAUGUCAGUGGUACUCAUUAUGCCAGAGAUGUUGAGAAGAUUUACGAGAAGUCACUGAGACCUGAGGUUAUACAUGCUGAUGAUCUUCGUGCUGUCCUAGAGCCAAGUGUCAAGUCGUCUGCUUACGGUGAAAGUUUUCGGACUGAUGAACAUGUGACAAAUGGAGGUACGAAGAUAUAUCCGGAAAUUGGAUUGGAUCAGUGUCUCAGAAUUCAACGUAGAUUACCAAAGAAUUCGACAGUCGAGAGGAGUGAUUGCCCGGCUGAUGAAACAUUCCAGGAUAAGACAUUGAUGAAACAGGAGGAGAAAGAGCCGACUUAUGAAACACUUGAGAAUGUACUGAAGGAUUCUUACGAAGCAAUGAGUACACUGAAACUUGACAGGCAUUUGAAUGAUAUUGAAGUGGAGAAGUGCAAUGUCAAAGGUGAAAAUUCAUCUCAUCAGAACGAUGGUAAUGAGGAAAAUAAAGUAGUCGAUUGUGAUUCGGUGAUACGUAAUGAUGUUGAGGAUGAGACAAAGGUAUCUGUUAACGAAGUGCUUGUGAAGAACUUGUGUUUUCAUCAAGAUUUACCCCAAGAUUGUAGAAAUGAAACAUUCAAACACACCAGUGCUACCAGUUACCAGAAACCAUUUAAUUUUAACAGUGUUCUUAGUGAUGAUUACGAAACUCGUGUUCGGGAAGCAUCUAUGAUGCAGGAGUGUAAAAUUUAUGUUACCAAAGAGGAGAUGGAGCGUCAGAGGCUCAUGGAUUUGCUGAGAAAACGGGAUUAUGAUGCUGUUAAACUGGAGUUGGAAAGAAGUUACACGUUAUCGACCCCGGGUGGUGGUAGCCCAGUUUGUUGUCCACCAUGCAGUCCACCACCAGCACCAGCUGCCUAUAUAUCGAGCAUUCGUGCGUCAUCGAGGAAAUUUGGUGGCAGUGGACCAACAUCACCUGAUCGUGAUCCAGUUUGUAGACUACUCAGAUACUUAAAAAUGUACUAUCGGGAAUUAGGAACGCGUGAUCCCCGUCAUCUACCCCCCUGGAUCUUACCCCUUCCCCUGGGCACCCUGUGUCCAGCUCACUUCCAGCCACAUCUCCAACUGAUGCAUAAGAACGAUCAGGAGCAUCGUCUUGAGUCCAUAAAAAUCGACCAAAUAUUCGCAACAGUGAGACUCAGCGAUGGCCUUCUAUCAGAAGCCCCAAGACGUGUGGCUAUCGAGGGUGGUCCUGGUAGUGGACGUACCACCCUCUGCAUGAGGCUCCUCCACCAAUGGGCUAGCAAAGACGAUGGUCCAGCACUGGCCUUCAUAAUUCCCCUUCGUGAACUCCGUGGUACAUCAGUUCUCAAUUACCUGACUCGUGAAUUUUUAUCAAAAAGUGCUGCCCUCACCGAGGCAAUGACACAAGUAUGGCGCACUCUUCAUCUACUCGAGGACCGAGUACUCUUCAUUCUUGAUGGUUACGAUGAGUGUCCCGGUGGUAGGCAAUCGCUGGCCGAUGCCAUUGACUUAUUGGAGGCACGAUUAUUUCCGGAUGCUAGAAUUCUCGUAACGUGUUCACCAAACAAUUGGACAAGUUUAUCACCAAUGGUACAGCGUAGAAUCCACUUGGCUGGAUUGGAAUGGCCGCAUGUUGAGAGACUAUGCGUUGCCUAUUUCAUUCACAAUAAUUUGUCAGAGCGAGCCUGUGAUUUUCUCGAGUGCCUCAGCCUCCAAUGCCAAACAAUCAAAGAACUCGUGCAACAUCCACUUGGUUGGAUAAUGCUCUGUACACUUUAUCAGGAUACUGGUACACUACCAACGCAGCCCAAUGCCGUUGUCCAGGAAGCAGUUAAGUCGAUAAUACGUAAAUGUCUGGAUAGGCCAUUGGCACCUGAUGAAGAGUUACCAUCGCACUGUAGAAAACGUCUCGAGGAUUUUGGUAAAUUGUCAUUAUCAGCGUUGAGGGAGGGUAGAUGCUGCUACACAGAGUCAGAGAUACGCACUAGAGGUGGUGGAAUUGAAAUUCUUCGGUUGGGAUUUCUCUCCAGGGGCUUUACAUUUGGACAGAGACGAAAAAUAGAACAGUACACACCCAUUCACAUGGCUGUUGCUGAAUUUCUCGCUGCUUAUUAUCUCGCUUCGAUAUCACAAUAUGCAAAUAUACUCAGAAGAGAAAUUGAGGGCUUGCCCAGUGGCAUCAUUGGAUAUCUCGCUGGUUUGCUUGGGCCAAGGACCCACCUGGUGCUGAAUCAGUUGUGUCCACUCGAGGUGCCUUCCAGGACUAUUUUUUCCCUUCUCAAAGCGGCAGGAACGUCUGAUGGAAAUAUAUUGGCUGUGUGUCGGCUCCUCGGUGCUGCGCCAGGGUUUGGACCAGUUCCCAAUGAACGACCACCAGCACCUCUGGUACAGACAUCACCCCUGGAACUCGAGGGAUGGUCCAAGAUACUUGGGAGCUCGGCGUGCACCCUGGAGGCACUCGAAGUUGUGUUUCAGGUGGAGAGGAGUGCUGAUCCGACUUAUCUUAAUGACUUCUUUAAGGCUUUGGCUGAUAAUGAGAGUGUUAAACUUGUGAGGAUUACUUCGCUACUCGGUCAGGAAUUCCCAGCGGAUGAGGCGCAACGACUCGCUGGACAUCUUAAAAGUGUACUCAGCAAGAAGAGGCUCAAUGAUUUUGAACUUGUUAUCACGUGCUUGGAGGAGUCCGCCCAUGAUAGACUUGAGUGCGUGGUCAACGCACUUUGUCGUGGUUUGAGUAAUGCAUCGUCCCACCUGGCGCGACUGGUACUCGACAUGAAUCUGUCCGGUGAUCAAGUCAGUAGGGUCUGCACAGCACUGCGCGAUUGCGUUCAAGUGCAGGCACUGCACUUGCCCCAUUUGAGCUGCGGUUGCGAGGGCCUGGCCUCGGUUGCUGAACUACUCAAGGAGAGGCCACUUCUAGCACUCAAUCUUGCCGGAAGUUGGGGCGCCAAAAAUGAGGAUCCAUCGAGUUCGGGUAUCAGUAUGGGCUCUGGAUCGGGCUCUGGUAGCAGCGGUUGUGCAUCCAGCACACUCGGUACACUACCUUUGAACAAUCGUUGCUACUCGUCUCUGCCACGUGGUGCACUAGCUGCCUACGGUAGUUUAACAAGACCAGCCACACUUCCACGUUUACCACUUGGUAUUGGACUUGGUACCACUGGCAAUGGUAAUGGUACAUUGCCACAAAACGAUCGCGACAGGGACAGCAGCAAUGGUAGCUCCAAGAGAAAUAGUGACAGUGUACUGUGUCAUCGGUUGCCACUUAUGCAUCCUCUACCAACGUGCGAUGUCGCAUGCCAUCAGGGAACUGGAUUUCAUGAAAUUUUCAAUGCUAUCAGAGAGCCAAAUUGCAAGCUCAGGUCCCUGAACGUCUCCAAAUGCCUCCAGGGCGGUCUCGAUGCUGGGUGUCUGGGUGAGACAAUCAGACGUGCGAGAAACUUGGAUGCUGUGAGGGCUGCUGGUGCUUCUAGACCUGUGGAUGUUAUGCCACUGGUGUUGGCUCUUACUGAAGCCCCUUGUUUACAAUUACUCGAUUUAGCUAGUCCACGUCUCGCUAUGGAUGAUCAUCCGUCCAGAUUAUUGUGUCAUGCACUCGCUAGAAAUUCAACUCUACGGCUGCUGAGUCUGGAGGGAUGGACAUUCAGAAUAGAGGAGUCGGAAACAUUGCUAGUAUUUUCCGAGUUGUUGACGUGCACGAGUGUCCGUGAAUUGAGCCUGUGCAAUGCCCGUCUGCAUUUAGCAGUCCACGAGGGUCCACUCUCCCGAUUAGGUAGACGAGACGAUGCUGGAGCUGAACUGCUUCGUGCAGCACCACCACCCGCCUGUCCAACGAUAGUUUUCCUUCGUCUGGCAGGCUUUCAAGUAUCAGUUAAUGAUAGACUGGCCCUGCGCGGACCUCUUCUCCUUCCCUUCUUAGCUGGUUUCACCGCUCUGAGUGAGCUAGACCUGUCCCUUGAUAAAUCAGAAAUAGGAGGUAGCAGUGGCUCUCUCCUCUUCAUCGACGACAAGAUCCUCCAGCAAUUCUUCUCGUCUCUAUCCACCCACUUCAAGGCCCUUCAAACCCUGAAGAUUAAUUACUGGCGGAUCAAUUUAGAGGACAGCGAUAAAACAGUGAGACAAAUGUCCAAACACCUGAAGACCUCCAACAUAAGCUUCAUAAAGGCCAAUGGGUUGAUCGUGACUGAUGGUGUUAAGAGACUCCAGGUUGAACAUCUUUUUUUACAAACAUUAUUGGCCAAUUUACAAUGUCUGACGUGGCUGUGCAUCGACGGAGUCAAAUUAACCGAGAGCCAGUGCAGCAGCAUUGGUAAGUGGAUAAGGGAACGUUAUCCUGGGGUUUUACUGGAGAUAAGUGCCAAGGACAUCCAGGUCAAAUCCAUUAAGGCUCUUGUUGCUGCUGUUGAGGAGGGCGGAAGAGCUGAGGUUGGAUACAUUGGAGGAUCGACUUGUCGAAUUAAAAUUAAUAAACUCCAGAAAAAUUCCAAGACGAAGAAGAAGUGAAGGGGUUGAGGUUGAUGAUCAUGAUGGUCGAUCUGGAAGUACUUUGAGGGCCUGGCCCCUUUUUUUGGGAGAAUUUAUGCUCCUGUUGUGAUGUGGAAGCGAGUUUAUUGGAGGCAGGAGGCUCCUCUGUUGUUGGAAGCGUUGAGAUACUUUGGAGACAAAUGGAUUUACAGGAGAGAAAGUUUUCGGAAUUCUUAUUCCACUUCAUUACAGCAUUUUUUGGAUUGCUUUCCUGCACUUGGCAAGUGCACGGGCUUGGGAAAUGACGUGGGAUAUUUGUGCCAAAAAAUAUAUUAUUCGAUGAGGUGUACUCAAUGGAGAUAUUCUGCUUGCAAUUUUCUUUUUCAUUUUACGAGGGGAAAAAUUCAAUGGAAAAUCUAUUUUUUUUUGUUGAUAAAUUCUAUUCGAAUUGCAUCAUUUAAAAAUUUUUUAAUGUGUUUUUUAGCUAAUAAAAACCCCCAAUGUUAUUAGUAUUAUUUUUUAAUAAUUUAAAAUAAAAAUUAUUCUUUGAAAAAUUUUAAGAUAUACAAGUCUUGCGAACGUUGGAUUUUUUCUUAUAAAUUCUUUUGUUUCCAUUAAAUUAAGAAAUUAUUACACGAUGAAUUAUUUGUAAAUAAGAAUUAUUUCUAGUUUUAUAUUACCUUACUAUAUUAAUCUCUGAGUUAAUUGUAGAUUUAUCUCUGUAUUUUUUUAAAUCAUGAGUUUUAUAAAUUAUUCUAAUAAAACGAAUGAUAUUCGAUGAGGCUGUUACAAGUAUAGACUACGUAUUGUUGCUAGAUGGAGUCUGUAAAAUAAAGAUAAUAAAUUUGAAUGCAAAUGAUAUCGUGAAUGGGGAGAAAAGUAAUAUAUGAUAUAUGAAAUAUGUAUAAGAAAUACUCAAGCAAUAGCUUUAUCCGUGGAAUUGUUGGAGAUUGAAGAAAUUUUAUGGUAUUUUUAGUGUAUAAAAUAAUUUUACGAGAUACUUUACACAAGAAUAAAGAACCUUCAACUGCCAAAUAAAUGAAAGACAAUGUUAAAUGAUUAAUCGUAAAAUAUCGAAUGAAAUAUCACGAACAUCUGCACUUGUUAGUAUUUCAUAAAUUAGAAGCGAGGGAUUUAUUUCAUUCCAAUUGGAAAUUUUAUUUUUUAAUCAUUUUUUUACGUUUAAUAUUUGUAGGCUUCAGCUAUCGGUUUUCUUUCGCACUGUACAUAAUCGAAAUGAUGAAACUGGGGAGGGACAAAAUAAAAAUCGUAUUCCAUUAAAUCUAGUAGAAUGUAUCCUUCACAUAAAAGUUGUUAUUUAGGAUUCCCUCCGAGUGUUUUUAUCAUUAAAUAUUUAUGUAUUUAUAUGUGUGCACAUAUCCUUGAGAAAACGAAAUAAAUGUCAUGUGUUUGAAA